AUGUUGUUGUCACUGCUGUUUCCUGCAGCCGCCGCUCUGGUCGCUGCAAGUGCUGCAGUUGCAGAGACUGCCAAUCUAGCCCCUCCAUUCGAUUGGUUCGCCAUUGUCCCCAGCGAGCAGCUCAAGUACCAAAACUGCUACAAUGGCUUCAAGUGCGCUCGCCUGGUUGUCCCUCUCGACUGGAAAAAUCCCGAGGAUAACAAGACCGUCGCCAUUGCCAUGAUCAAGCUGCCAGCUGUUGUUCCAGACAACGACCCGACCUUUGGCGGCACCAUCAUCUUCAACCCCGGCGGCCCCGGCAUCUCUGGCAUCGAUGCCGCCCUCCAGGGAGCCAGGACCAUCCAGCAGAACCUCGCUGACAAGCCUGGUGUCCGUCACUAUGAAAUCUUAUCUUUUGAUCCCCGCGGCGUUGGGAGAACAACCCCAGCCAGCGACUGUUUCCGCUCCGAUCCUCUUGGUCGCAUUACUUGGAUCGUCGACGAGCGUGCCAACGGUCCGCUCGUCUACCUCAAGCCCGCACAAUCCUACGGCCUGGGUCUCGCGAAAAACUUCGCCGAGCAAUGUAAACUCAAUGAGGAGUUCAAGGGGAGCAUGGAGUACGUCAACACUCCAAGCGUGGCUCGCGAUAUGGUGGCGAUGAUUGACGAAAUCGACGAGCUGAGGCAGCGCGAGGCAGCUCAGAGACAGCCCAAGCCACCAGGCCCUCAGCAACUACCAGGAGAAACCGAGAGAGGCGAAGAUGAAGAAACCCAGGAUAACGAGAACAACCCCGUACCACGGCUUCAGUAUAUCGGCUUCUCGUAUGGCACGAUCCUGGGCAACACUUUCGCAUCCAUGUUCCCAGGUCGCGUUGGACGCAUGGUCCUCGACGGCGUGCACAGCGCCAAGGAUUACUACUUUGAAGACACAAGCACCGCCCUCCAAGACACUGAUGAGAUGUUUGAUACGUUCUUGCGGGGCUGCUUCGAUGCCAAUUACGCCAAGUGUCCCUUCCGCAUAUCCUACAAAGACGCCGAGGAUGUCAAGAAGAAGUUCUGGGAUUGGAUCUUCCGCCUCAAUUAUAACCCCGUUGAGGUGAACCCAGUCAAAGGCGGCAUCAAGGUGGUCAGAGGAUCCGACGUUCUCGCGGCUGUUGGCAGCGCCCUGUACAGCCCUAUGGAGAAGUUUCAGCCCCUUGCCUUGGGCCUUUACGAUGGCAUGAGCAUCGGUGACUUGAACCGCCUCGCAGCCAUCAUCGACGAGGACAGCCCCAAGAUUAGUGCAGACGCCCUGAACUCGAACUCAUUGCAGCCCAAGUCCGAGCAAACAUGGGGCGUCACCUGCAGCGACGGCCCGGACUGGCGCGGCAGAGACGUUGGCUUUUGGAACAAGCACCUCCAGAAGCUGGAGAUGAAAUCGAGGCUCUUUGGCCCCUUCUGGGCCAGCGUCCGCUCCGCCUGCGCGAGCUGGCCGUACCGCCCCAACUGGGUGUUUGGCGGGCCCUUCAAGACGCCCACCCCCAGCUCCGAACCGCUGUACACCUCGAAGCCCGCCGCGCCGAUACUCUUCCUCAGCAGCCGCUACGACCCGGUCGCUCCCCUCAAGGCCGCCCGAGCCAUGGCCAAGGAACAUCCCGACUCGGGCGUCCUGAUCCAUUGGUCCAUGGGGCACACCACGGUGGGCGGCGGGCCGAGCCGGUGCACCUGGGAUGCCGUCCGCGAGUACUUGUACGAGGGCAAGGUCCAGGGGAAAGAAUUCUCUUGUCCCGCUGAGUGUGACCCGUGGGACGAUGAGUGCGAAUCGAAGCUUGGAAAGAGAGUCGAUGGAGGAGGGGCAAACUGGGAUGUGUGGAAGAACAUGACUGCGGCGCUUCGACAGACUCUUCGACCAAGGCCGUGGGGGACUGGAGGGCCAUAA